AUGACUUCGCAAAAAACCAUGUUACCACCCGAAGUGGAGGAUAUCCGCAUAUUGACAGCCUACGUUUACUUACCGGUAGUUCACCCGUUUUUCACGCCCAAACUUUCUCCGCUUCUUCCCGUCGCCCUCCCUUCCCGUCGCCUUCCCUUCCCGUCGCCCUCCCUUCCCGUCGCCCUCCCUUCCCGUCGCCCUCCCUUCCCGUCGCCCUCCCUUCCCGUCGCCCUCGCUUUCCCCGUCGCCCUGCCAUCCACUCCCCGUCGCCCUCGCCUUCCCUCCCGUCUCCCUUCCCAUCUCGCACACUUGUCACCCUCCCUUUUCUCUCCCUACUCCCUCUUUUCCCUCCCUCCAAUAAUCGCCUUCCUUCCCCCAACUUAUACCCCUUCCCUGCUUCCCCCCAUCCCCUGCCUUGCUUCCCCCCAUCCUCUUCAUUCUUUCCCCGUAUCCCCAGCCCUGCUUCCCCCCAUCCCCUUCCCUGCUUCCCCCCAUCUCCUUCCCUUCUUCCCCCCAUCUCCGUCCCUGCUUCCCCCCAUCCCCCUCCCUGCUUCCCCCCAUACCCCUUCCCUGCUUCCCCCCAUCCCCUUCCCUGCUUCCCCCCAUCCCCUUCCCUGCUUCCCCCCAUCCCCUUCCCUGCUCCCCCCCAUCUCCAUCCCUGCUUCCCCCCAUACCCCUCCCUGCUUCCCCCCAUCCCCCUCUCUGCUUCCCCCAUACCCCUCCCUGCUUCCCCCUAUCCCCUUCCCUGUUCCCCCCCAUCCCCUUCCCUGCUUCCCCCUCAUCCCCCUCCCUGCUUCCCCCCAUCCCCUUCCCUGCUCCCCCCCAUCCCCUUCCCUGUUCCCCCCCGUUCCCUUCCCUGCUUCCCUCAUCCCCUGCCCUGCUUCCCCAUGUCCCCUGCCCUACUUCCCCCAAUCCCCUUCCCUGCUUCCCCCCAUCUCCUUCCCUUCUUCCCCCCAUCUCCGUCCCUGCUUCCCCCCAUCCCCCUCCCUGCUUCCCCCCAUACCCCUCCCUGCUUCCCCCCAUCCCCCUCUCUGCUUCCCCCCAUACCCCUCCCUGCUUCCCCCCAUCCCCUUCCCUGUUCCCCCCCAUCCCCUUCCCUGCUUCCCCCCCAUCCCCCUCCCUGCUUCCCCCCAUCCCCUUCCCUGUUCCCCCCCAUCCCCUUCCCCGCUUCCCCCGCAUCCCCCUCCCUGCUUCCCCCCAUCCCCUUCGCUAUUCCCCCCCAUUCUCUUCCCUGCUUCCCCCCAUCCCCUUCCCUGCUUCCCCCCAUCUCCUUCCCUGCUUCCCCCCAUCCCGUUCCCUGCUUCCCCCCAUCCCCUUCCCUGCUUCCCCCCAUCCCGUUCCCUGCUUCCCCCCAUCCCCUUCCCUGCUCCCCCCCAUAAUCUCUGCCCAGGUGUCCUUCUUAUUCAUUCUGUUCCGCCCACCCUCUCCCAUUCCGUUCUGCCGCCAUCUCUCAUUCUUCCCACCCUCUCUCUCCCUCCUCCCGCACUCUCUCUCUCUCUCCUCGCACCCACACUAUCUCUCUCCUUCCUCCCGCACUCUCACAAUCCUUCCCACCACCCUCAGCCCUCCUUCCCCCCCCCCUCUGCCAUGUUCCCACCUGCCCUGCCCUCCCUAUCCCUGCCUUUCCCUCCCUGCCCUGCGCUUCCUUUCCCCAUCCCUUCUCAACCCUUUCCUUCCCUUUCAUGCCUUCCCCGUCCCCCUCACUACUCACCUACCACUCUCUAG